AUGCGCCGAACUUCAAUUCUCGCCCUCGCCGCGCUUGGCCUCGUCUCCGCCUCUGAGGACGUACGCCACGCCCAAGUCCUAAUCAUCGGCGGCGGCAUCACCGGUAUCUCACUCUCCCGUGCCCUCCAAGCCCAAAACAUCACCGACUUUGUACUUAUCGAGGCCCGCGAUCAACUCGGCGGACGGGCAUACACGGAGACUCUACACUCGUCCACUGGUGAUGUGGUAGUGGAGAAAGGAUGUAAUUGGAUCCAGGGCCCAGGCAAAGAACCCAUUCUUGAGAUGGCGAACAAGUGGGGCCUCAAGACGACUCCGACGAAUUACUCGGAUUCGGUGUGGUUUGAGGGAAUGGGGAUUGAGGCGGAUGGCCAGAGAGGCAGGUUUUUGAAUGAGGACGAAGAGGCCGAAUUCAUGAGUGGAUACGAUAACUUUCUUGAGAAUGCGCCGGGGUAUUCUGACUGGCGCACGAACCAGUCACUCGUGGAUAUCUCGGUACGCGUCGCCACGUCGAUCAUGGACUGGAUCCCCGUCAACCCCCUCCAGUGGGCGUACGAAUACUGGAACAUUGACUUUACGUUUGCCCAAACGCCCGAGGAGAGCAGCUUUGCCAACGCGUUCUCCCAGGAGGCUGGCAUCGAGAAUGAGCGCGACGACUUUGUCAUUGACCCUAGGGGAUACAAGUACAUUUUUGUACAGGAGGCGCGUGAGAUUUUCGGGCAAGAUCUCGACGACGAGCGAUUACGUCUGGAGACGACGGUGCGGACCAUCGACUACUCGGCUAUUGUAAACAGAGACGGGAGCAACACCAAGCGGGAGGGUGCACCUGAGAUUGUCGUACACACCGACAAGGGGGUGUUUGCUGCACCGCACGUCGUAUCCACCUUGAGCGUUGGCGUGCUCCAGCACCAGGACGUGCAGUGGGUUCCCCGCCUGCCCGACUGGAAGAAGGAGGCCAUAUUUACGUUUGCCAUGGCGACGUACCAGAAAAUCUUCAUCUUGUUCGACAAGCAGUUCUGGGGUGAUUCAGAGUUUAUCAUGUACGCCGACCCCGACAAGCGCGGCCGCUACGCCGUGUGGCAAAACAUCAAUGCGGCCGGCUACUUGCCGCAAAACACGACCAACAACGUCCUGAUGGUAACGGCGACUGGCGACUUUGGGCGUCGCAACGAGUAUCUCUCCGAUGCCGAGAUCACUGAAGAAGUCAUGGGCGUCCUGAGGGAGAUGUACGACGAUGUGCCCGAGCCAAAAGAUAUCGUCGUGCCGCGCUGGACGAUUGAUCCCCUCUUCCGCGGAUCGUAUUCGAACUGGCCCCUCGGCGCUCUGGACCAACACCACGCCAACCUCGGCCAACCGAUUGGUGGGGGACACAGUUGGCUCCAUUUCUCGGGAGAGGCGACGUCGGCGGAGGCAUUCGGAUACGUCCAGGGUGCUUGGGAGCAGGGCAUUUUGUCUGCCGAGGCAAUCACGGCUUGUCUGGGGGGAACGUGUCCCGACGCGACGGUGUAUGAGGCCGUUACGACUUGCGAGCAGACCGAGACGACCAUCAAGAGACGGGGUGUGAAGAGCGGACGGGGACGGGGGCGUGGUGGGUCGCCUCGUCGCCACGCCGUGAUGCAAACCAAGUCGUAG